GCUCGUGAAGCAGAUAUUUGUUGCGAAAGGUGGGCGAAAGAAUCAGUCUGUCCGGGGAGGCAAAGGUGCAGCUGGGCGAAUGCGGGUGCCGGCAGACUAAGGGCUGGUGACUGAGGAAGGGACCGCGGGACGAAACCCAGAGGGUGGGAGGAAGGCAGCGAACAGGCAGAGAAGGAGAGCAGUGCCAAGUGUCCACUGCUCAUCUCGGGUCUUGCUUGCCUGGGAUAUCUCUGUAUGGUCGUGCAGGGCUGAGAGUGGGUGGCCCCUUUCCUUUUGGAAGCCAUGGUGAGUGGGGGUCCAGACGUAGGAGAGAAAGGAAUGAGAUGCCACGAGGAGCCUGACCUGUUGCAGGAGGUGAAGCCGGAACUUAUGGAGCCGGAGACCCCCAAUGGGUUUGCCCCGGGAUCAAACCCAGAGGUGCGCCUGACUUGGCGCCGCUGGAUAAUUGUGUUCCUCUUCAGUUCCUAUUCCUUUUGCAAUGCCUUUCAGUGGAUCCAGUAUGGCAGCAUCAAUCUCAUAUUUGCCCACUUUUAUGAUGUGACUCCUUUUGCUAUCGACUGGCUCUCAAUGUGCUACAUGGUCAUCUACAUCCCCUUCCUUUUCCCCGUUGCAUGGCUCCUUGACAAGAAGGGUCUGCGACUCAUUGCCCUGUCUGGCUCAGCUCUUAACUGCCUAGGGGCCUGGGUGAAGGUAGGCAGUAUGAAACCCCACCUCUUCCCAGUCACUGUCGUGGGCCAAGUCAUCUGCUCUUUGGCCCAAGUUUUCAUCCUGGGCAUGCCUUCCCGCAUUGCUUCUGUUUGGUUUGGAUCCCGUGAGGUCUCCAGUGCAUGUUCAAUUGCUGUCUUUGGCAACCAGCUUGGCAUUGCUGUGGGGUUCCUCCUUCCUCCGGUUUUGGUUCCCAAUGUUGACAAUAAGGAGACGCUGGCUUACCACAUAAGCAUAAUGUUCUAUAUGACUGCAGCUGUGGCAACGGCACUCUUUGUCUUGGUUACUUUUGGUGAGUAA